GCAUCCGCUUUACGUCACGUUUUCACUGCAACAUGGCCGCCAUCACAGAGUGUGGAGCUAAUGCAAGUACUUCAGAAAACAUGUCCCUGAAGAAAGCUCUAUCUGCAGCUUCUCCUCUCACCCUGCGUAUCGUUGCUGAAUGUCCAGUGACAAAAGCACGGGCUUGUGAUCUGAUACUGCCUCACUGUGCCGUGAGUUCCCCGGUUUUCAUGCCUGUCGGCACUCAGGGCACUCUGAAGGGGAUCACUGUGGAUCAGCUGGAGGGUCUUGGCUGUCAGAUUUGUCUUGGAAACACAUACCACCUGGGCAUGAGACCGGGGCCUGAUUUGAUCGAGAAAGCCAAUGGUUUACAUGGGUUCAUGAACUGGAAGAGAAAUCUUUUAACUGACAGCGGAGGGUUUCAGAUGGUGUCUCUUGUUGAGCUCUCAGAGGUCACUGAAGAAGGAGUAAAGUUCAAGUCACCCUAUGAUGGCAAAGAAAUCCUCCUAAGUCCUGAGAAAUCAAUCAGCAUACAGAACAGUCUGGGGUCAGACAUCAUGAUGCAGCUGGAUGAUGUGGUCAGCAGUACCGUGACAGGACCCCGGGUGGAGGAGGCAAUGCACAGAUCCAUUCGCUGGCUAGACCGCUGCAUUGCAGCCAAUAAAAAUCCAGACAAACAGAACCUUUUUGCCAUCAUCCAGGGAGGGCUGAAUGCAGAGUUGCGCAAGGCCUGUUUAGAUGAAAUGACUCAACGUGAUGUUCCCGGUUUUGCCAUCGGAGGCCUGAGUGGAGGAGAGGAGAAGAACGACUUCUGGCGGAUGGUCACCCUCAGCACUGACCAUCUGCCACGACAAAAGCCUCGAUACCUCAUGGGUGUGGGGUAUGCUGUGGAUUUGGUGGUGUGUGUAGCUCUGGGAUGUGACAUGUUUGACUGCGUGUUCCCCACCCGCACAGCAAGGUUUGGCUCUGCCUUGGUGCCUUGGGGAUCUCUUCAGGUAAAACAUAAGCAGUAUGCCAAGGACUUCCAGCCCAUUGACCCAGACUGUCAGUGCCCCACCUGCAAGAGACAUAGUCGGGCUUACCUCCAUGCUCUAUUUAAGAGUGACACUGCAGCCAUGCAUCACAUAACCAUCCACAACAUUGCCUACCAGCUCAACCUGAUGCGCUCUGUGAGACAGAGCAUUGUGGAAGGCCGCUUCCCUGAGUUUAUACGGACGUUCAUGAAGCGAAUGUUCCCCUCUCCUGACCAGUACCCCAGCUGGGCCGUUGACGCUCUAGCCUCUGUCAACGUUACACUGGAAUAGAACUCGGAAGGCAACUGUCAUGCUCUAAAUGAGGAUGUCAGAUAUUGACUGAUAGGUUACUAGCUUUUUAUAUGACUUUUCUACUGAUGAUUGUUUUUUACUCUUUGUUUAUAUUUGUAUAUGAAUUUCCAGUUUGCUAGCAAUGAGUAAAAUGGCUCUAGAUCUGAAAGAAUAAAACCUGAUUGUCUUUUGCCUCUGCAAAUUGUCCUCAGAGUGAGACAUAAUGGUAAUGUCACUGAUUGGGGUUUCAUAUGAGGUUUGAAAUACAUGAACUAUCUCCUCUGUUUUGCUCAGACACUUUUUGUUGUUACCAUGGCUACAGAGCAAGGCCCACCCACUUGAAUCUAAAUGUUUUGGCUUCCUGUAAACCUGGUAUUGCCUUGUUGCCAAAAGCACAAGAUUAACAAAUGCAUAUGUGUACUAGUGUUUUAACCUACAUCCUAACAGACUAUUACUUGUCAGAUAACUGUUUGAACAGAUGAAUGAACCUAGCUCAA